GUUUGCUGCUGAUCUUUCACCGCAGUUUUAACACUUAUGGUUGUUGGAAUCGGUCUUUUAUUCCCGUUCUGCAUGGUGGAUAUUAUUUUCAGCACACCUUUCCUUGGUGCUAUGGGGGAUCAUUGCAAAAGGAAGCAUGGAAUAGCCCUGUGCGUGGGCUGUGGAAGUCAGAUCCACGACCAGUACAUCCUCCGCGUUUCCCCGGACCUCGAGUGGCACGCCGCGUGCCUGAAGUGCGCAGAGUGCCGGCAGUACCUGGAUGAAAGUUGCACUUGCUUCGUGAAAGACGGCAAGACUUACUGCAAGAGGGAUUACAUUCGGUUGUUUGGGACCAAAUGUGCCAAGUGCAGUUUGACUUUCAGUAAGAACGAUUUGGUGAUGAGAGCCCGAAACCGGGUCUAUCACAUCGAGUGUUUCCGCUGCGUGGCGUGCAGCCGCCAGCUUAUCCCUGGCGACGAGUUCGCCCUCAGAGACGACGAGUUGUUCUGCCGGGCCGAUCACGACGUGGUGGAGAGAGCCUCGGCCGGGGGAGACCCCCUUAGCCCGGAGCCGACUAACAGGUCCCUCCAGAUGGCAGCAGAACCCAUUUCGGUCCGUCAGCCACCCCUGAGGUCCCACGUUCACAAACAGCAGGAGAAGACGACCCGGGUACGGACGGUGCUGAAUGAGAAACAACUGCACACGUUACGGACCUGCUACGCCGCGAACCCCAGGCCGGACGCCCUGAUGAAAGAGCAGCUGGUGGAGAUGACUGGCCUGAGCCCCAGGGUCAUUCGGGUCUGGUUUCAAAACAAACGCUGCAAGGAUAAAAAGAAAACGCUUCUCAUGAAACAAAUUCAACAACAGCAACACAGUGACAAAACUAGCCUGCAGGGCUUGACUGGGACACCGAUGGUAGCAGCCAGCCCCAUCCGGCACGACGGCUCCAUGCACGGCAGCGCUGUGGAGGUGCAGUCGUACCAGCCGCCCUGGAAAGCACUGAGUGAGUUUGCACUUCAGAGUGACCUCGAUCAGCCCGCCUUCCAGCAACUGGUAACCUUUUCGGAAUCGGGUUCGUUGCCGAACUCCUCUGGAAGUGAUGUGACCUCUCUGUCCUCGCAGUUGCCGGACACCCCGAACAGCAUGGUCCCCAGCCCCGUGGAGACGUGAGCUGGGAGCUGAGGAUCCCCUAGAUUCGGCCGCCGCAUGCUCCCAAAGCCCCGCAUGAUCAGAGCGUAGCUGCCAGCUACCAAAUCGGCUCUCCUCGCUGCCGGUUUUAUACACGUACCUCUCCAGGAGACUCGCAGAGACUGCCAAAAAAAAACCCGAAAUGCACAUGGAUUUUUUAAAAACUCCACUACGGAACUCCUCGUUGAAAUAACCAGUUGUAAAUAUUUUAGAGCUUCAGAAAACCAGAGAGGCGGAGAAAGAGGUGGACGCCAGUGUUCAAACGAUCCAACGGACUAGAAGGGAAAAAGAUUUUUUUUAAUGCACAAGACUGUUGGACAACAAUCGUCCUGAUUCCGGCUUGAACAUGUUGCAUCUCAUCCGGUGUUGUGGCUACGGGCUGUAUCACUGUCUCAGAAAUGAGGGUCCGUCCCGCCAACCCACCUUCCCCUCCCUCCUCACCCACCGGUUCCACUCUCCCUAAACAGAAACACAAGCAGUCCUCCUCCCGUCCACCAACACCUCGGUUAAAUCAGCAUGACUGGAAAAUCGUUUAAUUACCGAAGUUCUCCCCUCACCCCGUCCACGAGUUGUAAAGUAUAUAGUGUAUGUACCGAAACCAACGGAGGAUAAACCGACCCAACCCCUUAAUGGAACGGAGUAAGUUAUUGCUAUUUAUUGUAAGAACCGCAUUUGAAACUGGGAUUAAAUAUUUGAUGUUAAUAAAGAAGUCAAGUGUCAACUGUGCAAUGUACGG